GUUCAUGACCAACAACGAUAAAAUAUUCAUGCGCUUCCAGCUGAACCAAACGACAGAUUCUGCUUAGCUAUUAAAUAUAAAUGGCAAAGCCAGUCGUCUGAUUCCCAUUAGUGAGAUAGAGAGAGAAAAAACAGAAGUGAAGUUACAAAAAAACAAAAAUGCAGUCUUCACUUUCCUGCUCUCAUGGAAGAAGAUCCUUCAAUUUAGUCCAAAUCCCAGAAAGAUUUUCACCCAAUUUAGCACAAAAAACUAAGCUUUCUGUUCUAGAAUUUCUCUGUUUUUCAAAAACCAAACCAUCUUCUUCGUCUUCAUUACUCAGAAACGAACCGAGUGGUCUCGCUCUGUGCAGAGAAGCCGCUACGAAAAGGAAAUAUAACGAGACCACUUUGGUUCGUUGCGGCAUUUCGUCGAACAGCUACAAUGCGAAUACGGAUCGGAGUUUGAGGGAUUGGAUUGAAGUGAUCGGUGAAGCGAUUUCCACGGCGUUUCCCAUAUGGGUGGCUCUGGGAUGCUUGCUGGGGCUGGUCAAGCCGAGUUCCUUCGACUGGGUUAAGCCCGAAUGGACGGUUCUCGGCAUAACACUCACUAUGCUUGGCAUGGGCAUGACCCUCACUUUCGAUGACCUUCGCGGUGCUUUGGCCAUGCCCAAGGAAUUGCUUGCUGGUUUUGUUCUUCAAUACUCUGUGAUGCCAAUAUCUGGAUUUGUUGUAAGCAAACUUUUAAACCUGCCAUCUUAUUAUGCUGCUGGUUUAAUAUUGGUUGGUUGCUGCCCAGGCGGAACGGCGAGUAACAUCGUCACUUAUAUUGCUCGAGGAAAUGUCGCACUUUCAGUCUUAAUGACAGCAGCGAGCACAUUAACAGCUGUGAUCAUGACGCCCUUUCUCACAGCGAAACUCGCUGGGCAGUAUGUAGCAGUAGAUGCAGUUGGACUACUGGUCUCAACACUGCAGGUUGUGCUUCUUCCCGUAUUGGCCGGUGCAUUUCUAAAUCAGUACUUCCAGGGCCUAGUUAGACUUAUUUCCCCCCUGAUGCCACCCAUCGCGGUCGGGACUGUAGCCAUUCUUUGCGGGAAUGCUAUUGCCCAGAGCUCUUCUGCAAUCCUCAAGUCUGGACUGCAAGUGGUGCUUGCUGCCUCUCUUCUUCACGCAUCUGGAUUCUUCUUUGGCUACAUACUUUCUAGAUUGCUCGGGAUUGAUGUGGCAUCAGCGAGAACUAUCUCUAUUGAGGUUGGCAUGCAGAACUCGGUGCUCGGAGUUGUUCUGGCGACCCAACACUUUGGAAAUCCUUUAACAGCAGUUCCAUGUGCUGUUUCAAGUGUUUGCCAUUCCAUCUUUGGUAGUGUCCUGGCUGGAAUUUGGAGACAGAAUGUGCCCACCCAAACCCAAGAUUGAAUUAUGACUGAUUCUGGUUAGAAGAGGUCCCCUUUAGCAAGAAAAAUAAAAAGUUUUGGUUGAAAAGUUUGUAUGUGGUAAUGGGAGUAUUAUAUGUAAUAUUUCUAACAAUGGGCGCUAGUGAAUUGAGUUUAUAAAGCUUUCGAUUGAAAUUAA